GCGAGUCGCUCCUUCCAUAUAACGAGUGACGAAAUCGAGUACCACACACACUUGGCGCUGUAGCUGGCGCUAUUAGUGCUUGGUAUUCGAGUUGGAAACGUUGAAACGCGCAAACAUCGCUGUUGCCAUCAGCGCUGCCCAUCGCAAACUCAUAGCGCGGUGCCGUGCACUAUCCGUCAAUGUGUAAAAUAUCAAAUAUAAAAUAGUAAAACAAUAUAAAAUGCCACCACCAAAUGGCUAAAGGAUGCCUCUGCUCUGGGUAUAGCUUAAGUGAAGUGCUGAAUUAAAUUUGAUUGUGCAAAGUGUGUAAAAUCCCGACGACAUCGGGGGCGACAGCCUCGUACCCAUUGAGUCAAAAAACAGGAGUACAAGAUAUCAACGCUAUGGCGAAAAGAAAAUUUGUUAAUUCUGAAACAGCAGAAACGGGCUAUGGAAAAAGAAUUUCACCCAAAUUGAACGAAAGUACCAGAAACUAAAACUAAACUUUUCCUAUGCAACUACUGAAAUUGUCAAGCAUUAUUGCAAUGCCCAUUGCGUAUACGCCGUGUGGGCGUUGUAGGAAAAUUCAUAAAUGAAAGCUUUUAAUUGCAAUACAAUGACAUUCGCGAGCACAAAUAAAGCAUGCCAAAGUGAAAGAACAAAGCCGACGAGUGCGACAAAAGCAAAACUAAAAUCAACAACCAACAACAAACUUUUGAUGCAACAACAAUAAGAACAUUAACAUCUAUAACGUUGGCACAAAUUUCGAAAAUAGAGCCACAAAAGCGAAAAUGCUGCUGAUGCCAACAUCAUGUGGGCCCGGGCCGCCAGAGUCCGCCCAUGUUGUUGCUCCCAGUGAUGCCGCUGAUGAUGAUGGGCGCGCUAAUGCUGAUGGCUUUAGCAUAACAAACAACACCAACAACAGCAUCUACAAUAUGAAGAAACAAAAGGCGCGCGUAUCGGAACGCAGCCUGGCCGCCACUCCCAAAUGGCUUCUAGUGCUGCUGAUGCUUUUUGCCAUUUUGGCCCAAGCACCACAACGCCAAGUGGCAGCCGAGAAGAGCAAACAUUACUACAUGCAGUCGUUGUGCAAGAAUCACUUUUUGCAACAACUCUAUCGCAAAAUCGAUGGCGCCGUGCUGUGGUCACAAAACGAACGCAAUCUCGACUGCAUCAUCACCUUUCAGACGCAUUCGAUCCUGCAACGUUUUAUGCUGCGCUUCGACAUGCUGCAAUUGGACUGCAACGAUCAUCUGCUUGUCUACGAUGGUGCGCAUGCCGUUUCAACACCAAAGAUCGACAUCUCCUGCCGCAACACAAAGAACACCGUUAAUGCGAUUCUGACGCGAACAAACUUCGUGACGCUGAAAUACGUGACCGAUGGCUGGGGCACAGAUGCAAACGGUUUCAAAUUGGUGAUAACAUCGGUAAAGGAUCCCAAGCACACCUGUAAAGAUUUUACCUGCGCCACACGUGAGUUCUGCAUACACCCCGAUUUGCUGUGCGAUGGCGUCAACCAUUGCGGUGACAACUCGGACGAAUCAGUGCAGAACCUUUGCCAAAGCGAGACGACCAGCACCGUCUUUGGCGUCGACAUGACGUGGUUCGUCCUGAUUGUGGUGGGCGUGUUGCUCGUGCUCAGUGCGCUCAUUGUCGCCGUGGCCAUUUGCUUUUGCCGUCGCCAGGACGAAAGCGCUGCCAAUCAAAACACCGCCAUCCAACUGCAUCACAAUGCUGAAACGAAUGGAUCGUCGAAACAUCUACACUAUCAUGGUGUGGGCAUCGGCGUUGGCGGAACGCUGACGCGGGAGCAUACACAACUGCCGCCUGCUUCGGGAAACUGGCAUCACCCUGCGGGACCAUACGGGUACCACCGCAUUCCACACAACUACUUGAAGAUGGCCACCAAAGUCCGUCCCAUUUGGUGCUUGGCAAAUUCCGUCAAUUAGGUCAAGAUCUUUCACAAAACUCCGCCGGCCUUAGCCAGACGAACAUCGCUGUUGGCGGUCAUCCGAACGCCGGCGCCGCUGCUGGUGCUGCCCAAAAGGACGAAUGGUUCGUCUAAGAGCAGCAUCAUCAUCCCAGCGAAGUCUCCUCCAGCUUAGCAACGCAGCACGAUCCCCACCACGUCGCUAGCGCUUCUCACCUUUCGGCUUCGUCACUGGCAUGCGCACCAGCAAUGUGAAAGAAUUAAACAAACCAAUUGACUUAAGCACAAUAAUUUGUACUUUAUAAAGUUACAUUAUGGAUAUUUGCAGAGCAUUAAAUGAAGACUGUAUGACUAUAUUUACCAACAAUUAACGUGGACAUCACCACGCAGGGUGUAUAAUUAAGAGAUCAACUCGUACCCAGGAAGAAUCUCGACAGCGUUGGGCAAAAUUUGUCGUUAAUCGCAUUAUUUUGUCGGAUAACCAACGCAAUUGUAAAUACU